ACAACCCUGAAGUGAAACUUGAGAUGCCGUCAGGUGAACACAUAAAGGAAUAGAAUCCGUGCCAGGAAACGCUGGUGUUUGGGCUUUGACGUGAACUGGACUAUGCAUUAUCACAGCUUUGUUUGUGUCGUUCUGUUGGGUUUGUACUCUUGUGGAUGUCUUCGAAGUGUGUCUGCCUGCAAAAAUGAGCCAGAGACUCCAGACUGGAGGCUGACUCUGAAAACGAUCCGUAACGGGAUUCACAAGAUCGACACGUACCUGAACGCAGCACUGGACUUGUUUGGUGGAGAUGACGGACUGUGUCAUUACAGGUGCGGUGAUGGCUACACGCCGGUACCUCGUCCUGGAUACAAACAGCCACCGCCCAACGGAUGUGGAUCCCCGCUGUUUGGAUUUCAGUUUGAUAUAGGUAUACCAUCCAUGACCAAAUGUUGUAACCAACACGACCGCUGCUAUGAUACCUGUGGCCAAGAGAAGCACGACUGCGAUGAACAGUUCCAGGACUGUCUCGAGACCAUCUGCAGGAAUGUUCAAAGGACUCUUGGAUUGGCCAAGAGUGUCCAAGCCUGUGAGUCUGCAGUGACUCUGCUGUUUGACGCUGUUAUGCACAUGGGAUGUAAGCCGUAUCUGGACAGCCAGAGAGAUUCUUGCGUGUGUCAGUAUGAAAUGAACAGGGAACUGUGAUACUGACACAGGACGCACAAGACUGAUCGAGAUGCGAAACACGGAGAGAAGGAUGCCAGCAUUAAACUCUUCUUUCAGACUCGUAGAUUUUUCUCAGGGAUCGAGUGUCAUUUGCCUGCACUGACUUGCAUCUAUUGCCUCCCAUGAGUCAUAAAAAUCUUAACAUUUGCUGUGUCAAAAUACCUAGCUGAGAGUGGUACAUUAGUAAUGCAGUUUAUAAUUUAUUUGUGUCAGGUUGCACUAUUGUCUUCCUCCUCUGGCUGCCAUACACUACAAUUUACUUUUGUCUUACUAAUUCCUAGAAAUCACUGAAUAAGCGUUUCAGACGUGUAAUGUUCCUCUGCUUGUCAGUAAGAGAGACUGUGAAACAUGUCCAGAUGUUUUAUUCCAGUUACAUGCUUUACUACCAACAGCAGGAUUGUUAUCUCUUAUUUAUUUAGUACACUGCCGGUUUAAUGAAGAUUUAAAAAAAUGGUUUUCCAAUGGCAGGCUAAACAACUCACAAGACAAAAGGAAGAUGAGGGUAAAACAACUGUCUUACUGCAGAACAUUUCUUUAUGUUCCAUGUUAUUAUAAUAAGUUGUAAGAAAAUAAACCUUACUGCACAGCACACCCUCCUAUUAGCCUAUAGGAACAUUUUUUAAGUGAGUCAACAAUGUCUAUGUCUACAGCAUAUAAUGCGUUUGUGUGUUUACCUUUAUGAAAUCUAUAUAAAUGUCCAAUUUGAGGGGAAAGCACAUGCUAAUCAAAAUGUAUAGAUAAUUAAAAUAGAAUAAUUAUAUUUUGGAGAAAAUGUGUCAUAAACUGCAAUAAAAAAUAAAAGAAAUGCUGUUAUUGAUUA